AUGCCGCCCCGGAUCGCCGUGCCAUUGUGCCUGCGGGCCUCGCGCUCGUCGUUGUCGUCGUUGUCGUCGUUGUCGUCGUCGUUGUCGUUGUCGUUGUCGUCACCGUCAUUGUCGUCGUUGUCGUCGUCACCGUCGUCGUCGUCGUCACCGUCGUCGUCGUCGUCGUCGUCGUCGUCCCUUCUCGCCCGCCCGCUGCGGCCCUUCUCGACGUCGUCGCCGCUGCAGAAGAAGCUCACCUCGCUCGAGCGCAAGCAGCGCUACGAACACGACCCCUACAUCGCCGCCCAGAAGGCGCGCAAGAAGGCCGCCAAUCUGUCGCGCCGCGCCGAGCUGGAGCACACGCGCGUCGAGAGCCUGGGCAAUCCCGUCCGCGGCGUCUCCACCCCCUUCGUGCAGUCCUUCGACACCGCCCGCCCGCCCGCGACCGCCGAGCACUCCGUCGCCGCCGAUGCCCAGCUCAACUACCGCUUCGACCCGGCCAUCAUCGAGUCGCAGCUCGAGCGCAGCAGGCGCCUGGCCGUGCCGCUGGCCGAGGUGGUGAAGCCCACCAGCACCGGCCCCUACCAGUGGAGCGACGCGCUGCGCCACAAAGCCGCCGCCGACCUGCAGCCGUCGGUCGACGAGCUCGAGGCCCAGAGCCAGAGCGACCACGCCCGCGCCGCCGAGGCCAUUGCCCGCAUCACCGCCCUCGAAAACGGCUCGAGCAAGGACCGCAUGCGCGUCAACAUCACCCGCUGCAUCGAGACCUUCGGCCGACACAACACCGACAAGGCCCUGCCCCCGCGCGCGCCACACCUGACCAGCAUCAACUCCAACACCCCGCCCGCCGUCCGCCCGGACACCAACGUCGCCGCCACAGGGAAGCGCAUCGGGCCCGACACCGGCUCGUCUGAAGUGCAGAUUGCCAUCCUGACGGCCAAGAUCAAGACCGUCGCCGACUUCCUCUCCACGCGUGGAAAGGGCGACAAGCACAACAAGCGCAAUCUGCGGUUGCUGGUCCACAGGCGGCAGAAGCUCUUGCAGUACCUGCGCAGACGGGAGCGCGGCGGGCCGAGGUGGCAGCACUGCAUCGAGACGCUGGGGCUGACCGAAGGCACCUGGAAGGGCGAGAUCUCGCUGUGA